CUUCCACGACGGAGGUUCCUUUUUUAGUAUGUUCGUUAUCAUCAAUGCUUGCAUUCGCUCUUACCAACGGUCGAUCGGCGUGCCACCCGUUCGCUUGCAAUAAACAUUCCGGCACCAAUCAGAUAGUCGGUCACUGUAACUCGUCAAAGAAAAGCGGGUUGGUUCUGUAGGGUCUAUUCUGACCGUCCUGAAUCUCUGUCUCUCUGUCCGUCUCCCUGUUGUUUGCUCCACACAUUGUGCCGACUUCAAUGAACCAAAAAAAAAAAAAGUCUAGGUCCUCGCACGUGUACGCUCUCCACUUCCUCUUAAAUUGACGAUAAAUGCAUUUGGCAAGGUCUAUAGAUCGGCACUCAUUCACCUCCAGGAAAGUGUAUAUUCCACAAGUUUAUAACGAUUUAUUAAGCUUAGCUGAUAGUAGGGCCCGCGCCCCUUACUCGUCUAUCUGGUUUCGACUGAGGAAUCUAUUCGUCGAUUCAGCGAUUUUGCGGUAUUCUUCAAACAAUAGAUCAGCUGUCAUCCCCCUGAUAUCGCUCCAUUAAUUGGUCACUUCGUAUAUCUAGCAUUCAACAGGAAAAAUAAUAGUUCAGAACAUCAGAAUGCGACGUGCGGAAGUGUGGUUGGUAUCGUUCUUCUUAGCACGAUGCACGACAAAGGUAGCAACUGGCUCGGAAGAUCGAUGGAACGCUACCUUACAGCGCUACAAUCCUUCAGACAAGCCGCGUCUGAACACGAACGUUAUAUUUGACUUGUAUUUGCGGGAUAUGCGUAACAUCAACAGUCAUGAUCAGACGUUCGAAGCGCAAAUUACAUUUCGACAACAGUGGACGGAACCGCGACUGUCGCAUAAGCACGACGGCAAUCUACCCUAUCAGAAGGUCGCUGAUCCGUCCCUCAUCUGGACGCCGGACACGUUCUUCAGCAAUGAACUUGAAGGCUACAGGCACUCAGUAUCAAGAGACAACGUCUUCCUGCGAGUAAAACGCAACGGCCAAAUUCUUCUAAGUGAACGGGCUUCACUCAAACUAUCGUGCCCAAUGAAUCUAGCGGCCUUCCCGUUCGACACUCAAGUAUGCGGCAUUUACAUCUCUAGCUAUGGACACAUUCGAAGUAUUCUCAGCUACGAAUGGAAAGAUAUACAGCCAAUCCAAAUGAACAAAAACCAGCUACCGACUACUUUUGAACUGAGACAAUACAACACAUCGAUAUGUUCGGCCCGUACCAACACCGGCGAGUAUUCGUGCAUCAAGGUCGAGUUCUUUUUGCACCGCCGUUGGAACCACUACAUGCUGCAUGUAUUCAUCCCUCUAACGAUGUUGAACGUGGUCGCCUGGCUAACGUUCUGGGUGCGCGAUGUACCGAUGCGUGUCACCAUUAUCAUGUUUACUUUUGCACUGGCCGUCCACGGAAUUACGACACUUAACCAAGACCUGCCACAGACGCCAUACGCGAAGAUGAUUGACUACUUUACUGCCAUUACACUUCUGUUUAUACUCGGAGCCAUGAUCGAAUUUGUCUUUAUCAAGUGGAUUGACAACGAGGACGAAAAAAAUGGUUCAGCUAAUAAAAUCGAUGCAGCCUGCCGUCUCGCUUACCCGGUGGCCUAUUUCGGGUUUCUUGUUGUCUACUUUAUUGCGGCAUUGCUAUUUCCGAAAAUUCGAUCUGCCAGAGCAUACGGUCACCAUAGACGAAGCAGGCUUCAAUCUCUACCGCCAGCCCAGCAAGGACCAGCUGUUGCGAGUGCCGGCCUGUCGCUCGCAGUGCGACGCUGUGUCUAUUUAUGUGAAUGUGAAUGCGAAUGCAUACAGCAGGUUAGCAACAAUCGAGCGCUCGGCGGGGCAUUUUUUGCCUCCUCCUACUACCUUUCCGUGCCUUUGGAGCAAUCUUUUGUUGUUGUCAUUAAUUCGGUCAGGUCCAAUCGAACGGAUCAACGAACGUACGGACGGACGUGCAGACAGACAGCCGACGACGACGACGACGGUCGCUGGGUGGCGGUGCUGCCACUGAUGGACCUAGGUGAGGUGUCAGCCAGUCAGUCAACCAGUUAGGAACAAGCAACAUCAGUUGUCG